AAAAAUAAAUAAUUCAGACUGAAGCAGACAACAACACUCAAAGUACAGGUGGGACGAUUACGCGCUGAGUAUUGCACUAAAAUACUAUAUGUAACAACACUGCUCGAAAAUUUGAGGCAGCGACAUUAUAAAACUGUUCUUCUCGUAAGAGCUGUAUUUCCAACAAAAAGCGACAGUGACAUUAUAAUUUAUGAAGCUCCACUCGAAACAGUGAGACAGCGAUAAAACAUAACAAAUCUACUCGAAACAGUGAGUCAGUGACAUUAUAGAACAGUUCUACUCGUAACAGCUGUACUCCAAACACAAUGCGACAGUGGCAUUAAAUGACAGCUCCACUCGAAAUAGCGAGGCAGCGAUAUUAUAUAACACAUCUACCUAAACGGACAGUGGCAUAAUAUAACAGCAGUACUGGAAUCACAGUGUAAAAACAGUUUUACGUGAAACACAGACGGGCUCUGGUGUAAAAAGCAACAUUUCUUGAAGCAUCUAAAUUAGGCUAGUUCGUCAAAAAAAACAGCUUAACAUAACAUUGGACAUGAUUUCGGAACAUUAUGUGCUUUCGUUCUUGAUAUUGACCGUAAAUAUAGUAGAUAUACAUACGGGAGCUAUUUGUUUAGAUAUUUGUGUAUUGAUACCUGACCCGUGCGACGGAAAAACUUGUGAGCCGAAAGAAACCUGUUCUUUGGAAUGGAAUUGCAUUUGCAGUGCAACUUCAACGUCACCGGACUGUGUUAAUGUAACGACAACAACACAGUAUGUUACAGAAAAAAAUAAGCCCAGUCCCUGUCCGUGUAUUCAUGGGCACUGCACAACGCAAUUUGGCAGAGUUUGUAAGUGCGACAACGGCUGGACUGGUUCUCAUUGUGAGCUUAAAGAUUCAAGCAUUCACACGUCAUACAAUGUAUGCGAUAGCACUUAUAAACAGCGACCACGUUCUGAGAGGGAGUGCUACAACUGGAAAUGCAUACAUGGUAUCUGCAUAGUUAAAGGGUCACAAGUGUUUUGCGAAUGUGAUCCCGGCGCAACAGGUCAAAUUUGCCAAAACAAAUGUUGCAGACAAUGUGUUUUCGGAGAAUGUUUUUAUGUAAAAGAAGAAGAAAGAGAGAUAUGUGUCUGUCAUGCUGAUAAUUCUGGAACGUAUUGUGAAAAUAAGGAUCUCCCAACAAUAAAUAAACCUAUAGAUGAUGACGUCAAGUGGCACUUUUGGGUCGCUGGUACAUGCGCAGUUCUCCUGCUGAUUCUUAUUACGUUAAUGAUUGUGGUUCCGUGUAUAAUAUGGCGCAAUCUAGCUACUCUUGUAACGAAAGCUCUGCACUCGAUACAAAGAUGAUAGUAAUGCUGUAACUUCGGAAUACAUGUCUUAUUUACUUCACCUACGGGCUUUUAAAGUGAAGUACAAACGCAGUUGUGAAAAAAGCUGGAUUUAUAAACCACUAACUUUUAUCUUAUGUAUUCCAAGAACAAAAUAUGUAAUUAUAGAUAAUAAAUUUUAUGGAAUGAUA